CGAUCAUUUACGCCCGUCACGCGUCACCACCACGAGACUGAAGUAAUUUUACUUUACACGUCUAAUUUAAGUGUUUUUAAGAAAAAUUUAGAAAGUAAAUCUUGUCAAAUAGUUCAUUAAUUUUUUCUAAACUUUACUUAAAAAAUUUUCGCCAGAAAAGUGAAUAUUUGUAGAAAAAUGAGCAAAUUACGCGGGCAUGGAAAACCUAACCUAAAAAUUGCGGCUCACACGCCGAAAAGUUUAAUUCUUUUUGUUUCUUUUUUGUAAAUUAUUUGUUGCUUGAUCAUUUUAAAGGGUUUUCUUAAAAAUGGGUGACUUCCAUUCUCCAAUGAAAUGUAUUUCUCCUAACGCAAGGAUUCUAACUCCGAAACCACAAGUGCAGCAAACUUUGGAUCUUCGACAAACUCAAACCAAGGCCAAAACCAGUAUAACAUGGUUUUUCAUCAACACCGCUUUACUGGGAAUUAUCAUCUUCGACAUAUCUUACGGUGGUGUGGCCUACAAACCAUUUUAUUGGAUAGAAUGGUGUCUAGCAUCAAUCUUCGCCUUAAAUUCUCUCUACCACAUACUUUCAUACUCGAUUGCAACUUUGAGCAUUCAGACAGUAGUGAUUAGUCCCAGACAGAGAAAAUUAUUAGGCGUUCCAGAAGAUGAUCCAUUUUUCAAAACCGAAAAACCCGCGGCGCCAAAAUGUUUAACACCAAGCUCUCCGCUCAAUUUGACUUGUAUGAAUUUGAGCAGACACUCUAACACUUUAGGAUCUCCUGUUAUCAACGAGAGCAAGGAUUACUCGUCGUCGAGUCCCUUUUGUAAAUACGGAGCUUCACCUUCGCCAAGGAAAUUAAUGAGUGCGAAUAAUAGUUCUCUCAGCAAAUCACUGAAUACGUCAAUGAAUUCGAGUUUUGCUGGUGAAGAUCUCAUUCAGGACGAGUCAGAAUUACAACAUUAUUUGAAGGAAGUUUCAAACAAGGAGAGGAAGGCCACUCAUUCCACGAAUAUGGAUCAGCCUUCGAAUCUUUUGAGUUCUUUUUGGUCUCAUCCUGCAACAAGAAGUCCUGGUGAAGUUUCGCCGAUGCUCAGAAGAUGUGCUUAUCAACUCGCGCCAACUGUUGAUAAGUCAAAAUCAACGAGUCCUGGAGCUGAGGAAGGACAUUCUACAAGAGGAUCUUUCGGCGGGCCAGACGUGUGGAGGAAAUAUCGAGUAGAUUCUGGAAUAGUGAAUCAAUGGACUGCAAAUCUACGAAUGUGGAUAAGUAAAACGGUAGUUGAGAGAGUUGCAGUUGAGAUAGAUAAUGUGUGUGCUGCUCUGAUUCGUCACGGACUGAGUGACUCUCAACCAGGCCACAUAGGACUCGAUAAACUUAGAAAACUCGCUCAAUCUUCCCUAGCAUCUGCGAUACCAACCCUUCCAACUUUAGUUCCGUUUUUGGAAAUCUGCAGCAAUCAGGAUUACUUGGUCAACAGAAUCAAAGUUCUGGCCAAGGGAGGAUCCAUGAGCGAAUUCAAGUGGAACGGUGGAGGUACUUAUAAUGGCAAAGAUUGGGAUUGCAGCUUACCAACUGAUACUGCAAUAGUAAUGCAUCUGGUUUCAUCGUACAUGGACACGCAAUUAGAAGCUCCCCUAGAUCAACCAGAUGCUCGGCCUUUCACUUCCAGAUAUACGGCAAGAUCAGGAUUGGAAUUGCCGCGGAACAAGGGUCCAAUAAUCGUUUGCCAAUCUGUAAAUCCUCCUAAUUACAGUCUAGCAUUAUCUGGCGAUUCUUUGGCCACCGAUUACGAAGAAAUUCCAAGAGGGAGGAAUAACAUGUUUCACACUCUCUUGUUAUUUCUCUACAUCGUAAAAACACGGGAUCACGGAAUGCUUGGACGCGUCAACCUUGGAAUGUCGGGUGUAAACGUUCUUUGGGUGAUUGAAAAUUGAGACUGUAAAAGACUGAAAAGAUAAGAUAACACGUAAUUUUACGAUAAUGACAUCUCUUUCGAAAAAUGUGAUUCAUUCAGAUAAGGCGAUGAGGAUUUUGAUUUAAGAUCUAUAAUUUAUUUAGUUGAAUUAAUCGCUGUGACUGCGGUAACGCUAUUGUUACUUAGAUUUAGUAAAAUAUUAAAGUAAUGCGAAAUUGUGACAAAUUCAGCAUAAAAUUGAAAUCCUAAACCUAAUUAAAAGCUUUUGAAAAAUAAAUCAAAAGUUUUCAAUAAAUAAUUUAAAUGUCUCUCGACUUAUAUUUCGCUUUGCUUUAUUAUUGAUAAUUAAUUAUUUAAGUAUCUUUAAAACAUUUUGUAUUAUAACAGUCUAGUUUUCUACGAUUCGUAUUUAUUUUAUUUGACUUGUGUUUCUGGAGAUGAGGACAUUCUUUUCUACUCGUAUGAGUGAAAAAAUGUAAAAUGUAAAUAGCUGUCCAGUUCACUAUCUUCCGUUUUUUUUAUAAAAAAAGAAUGUUUGAAUACAAAAAAAUUGCUUUUAUUUUUAAAUUAAAA